AUGGUUCCAUUCGUUGACGCACAUUGUCAUGUUAGUGGUCAGGGCCAGAUUGAAGAUGAGAGAGAGACAAGAAGAUGUGUUAUGUCGAAUUUUAGUGGUGAUUGGGCAACGCUUAAGGGCCUUGAUGGAGUAGAGAAGUGCUUUGGUAUACAUCCAUGGUAUAGUCAUUUGUAUAGUGUGCAUCAGUGCGAUAAAAGGUCGCAUUACGAAUCUGUGCUAGAAUGGAGGGUAUCUGAAGAGUUCGAACAGCUAUUAGCGCAGCUGCCCGCACCCAUUGCGCUCGAUGAGUAUAUCGAGCAAGAUUUUGAAGAGUCUCAGAUUGCUGUGGUAGGCGAGAUUGGCUUGGACAAGUUGUUUAGGUUACCGGAGAAUGGUUUUUACGUCCAAAACAGCGGUGCGAGGCUCUCACGGGUUAAGGUGAAGAUGGCGCACCAGAUCGAAGUGUUCCGGCGAAUGUGCCAGCUAGCUUGUAAAUACAGAAAGCCGGUUUCCCUACAUGGUGUCAAGUGUCACGGAGUAUUGUUUGAGCAGUGCAUACAAGAGUUGCUCCCAACCAAAGAGGUCAAAGUGUGUUUGCACUCAUACACCGGAUCGUUCCAAACUUUGACAGAUUCCUGGUUGCGAAAGUUCCCCCAAUCGCGGAUCUUCCUUAGCUUAUCCCAAUACAUCAACUUUAAGACAGAUGAAACCGGUUUGGAGUUAGUAAAAGCGAUACCGAGAAGUUGUCUGCUAACGGAGACAGAUUUCCCGAUCGAUACACAGCCUGCAGACCAGUUAAGAGCUCAAUUGCAACAUAUAUGCGAGAAAAUAUCCCAGGCUUGCGAUUUGGAUGGUCUUGAAAGUUGUAAAACGCUCAUUUACGACAACUACUUGCGAUUUAUAGCGUAG